UUCAUGCUGGAGAAGCAAUUUUCUUUCUCUUUCUCUUUCCAGAGAGCUAUCCAGAAAUUAAACGAAGCGUCAAACACAAUUGAUCCACAACUGCAUGCCUUUUGGCGGCGGCUUUAAAUUUAAGAUCCAUUUCCAUGCAUUUUGCCAGCCCAGCCAACUCAUCAUGAUCUUCUGCGUUGUUUAGCUAAUUAACAGCUAGCUCGAUCGAGAUGUGGCCAAAAUUCGGAUCUAAUUCAAACAUCAAAAGUGAUGGCAAGGAAAUAGAGAGGGAAUUGGAAGCCCGCAUAAGCCUAAGCGUCAACGAAGAAUACCUUUCUGCGUUUAGAACCAAAUCUUACGCCGAUUUCUUCACCAAAGCUCAUGUACUGGCCGCCGAGGCUGUGCCAUCGUCCGAAACGCUCCUCCUCGAGCCGGGCCAAGACGCCGUAGCCGCGAUUCUGGAGUCGGCGAUCCUUCCCAAUAAAUCGCAGCUGAAAGAGCUGAUAGUCGACUACUUCGACAUCAGCGCCGAGGCCUCCAAGAUCUGCAGCCGGCUGCUCAACGGCAUCAACGAGGUCCAGUCCAACCACAGCCUCAUCCAAGCCCUGCUCGACGCCGCCAUUGACGAUCGAGACCAGUUCGGAUCCGUCCUUUCGGAGCUCCAGUCAUUCAUGGCGCUCAAGAACCCGUUUUCCGAUCUCAACAAGCAGGAUUUCAAGCUGAUCAGCGAGAAAUACUCCUCGGUGUUGCAGCUUCUUAAUUCAAAGAGGAAGAAGGUGGCCAGGAAAAUGAAGCUGAUAGCCUGCUUGAACAAGGCAUCCGGGAUCUUUGUAACCGCCGCCAGCGUCUUGGUCGCCGUGGCGGCGGUAAUGGUGGCGGCGCACACGUUGGCUGCGGUGGUGCUGGGGCCGGCGAUCUUCAUCGGCCUGGCGCGACCACUAAAGAAGAAGAAGAAGAAGCUAAAGCUUGCUAACUUGAUGAUGAGAAUGGGGUUCCUGAGGAGAGUGGGGGAGCAGCUGGACGUGGCGGCGAAGGGGACAUAUAUACUGAACAGAGACUUCGACACGAUGAGCCGGCUGGUGGAGCGGCUGGACGACGAGAUGGAGCGGAAGAAGGCGAUGAUAGAGGCGUGCUUGGAGAGGAGGGAAAGGUUCUUCUGGGUGCAGGUGCUGAGGGAGAUGAAGAAGGGGGAUUUAGGGUUCAGACAGCAGGUGGAGGAGCUGGAAGAACACGUUUACCUCUGCCUUGUCACCAUUAACAGGGCUCGAGCUCUGGUGGCCAACCAAAUUGCACAAGCUCCGUCUCUCUCGGACGCUUCUUAAUUAAUUUGCUGCUGUUCAUGGAUAUUGCGGCCGCCGUCCUGGAAAACAACCUUAAUUUGAUCGAUACUUCUGUUUUUCAGUGUGUAAUUAUUAAUAAAUGCUGGCUGAGCAUAUCUUGUUUGAUCAUCGUGUAAUUGGUUAGCGCAAAA